CAACCUGCUAUACACGAAGUAUGUGUUUGGCGCUUUAUCUGUUUUGUCUUUAAUCAUCACAAUAAACCUUUUAAGUAAAUAUUAUAAUUAUCAUUUUUACAAAUGACAAAGUGAGUGAAGUGAAAGUCGCUCAGUCGUGUCCGACUCUUUGAGACCCCAUGGACUAUACAGUCCGUGGAAUUCUCUAGACCAGAAUACUGGAGUGGGUAACCUUUCCCAUCUCCAGGGGAUCUUCCCAACCCAGGGAUCGAACUCAGAUCUCUGAGACUCAAAGAAAUUAUGUGACGUGCUCAUGCUCACAUAAAUAAUAAAUGAUGGUCCCAGAAUUUGAACCUGGGCCACAGGACCGCUACUCUGUCUUUAUGUUCUUUCUGUUGCAUUAGGUCAGCAGAAACAUGGGGAGAUGGCUCCCCACCCUCCUCCAGCAUCCAUGGCAGACACUGCUAAUGAUAUCGGUGGUUGUUCCCUUCGAUCUAGGACUAUAUACAAGGCACAGUCUACAUACAAAGAAGUGGAAGUUAUGAUCCAUGUUAUCAAGGAGUUUCCUUUGACACAGGCUAAAAUAUAAUGCAGCUGCAGACUGGCAAUAUAAGGCCGUGAAUAACACUCCAACCUUGAGUGCUAAAGAGAUUCUGGCAAGCUUAUGAAUCAUAGGAAAUAUAUCCAGUGUCCUUUGUCUGAAAGCUGGCCUUUUCCCUGCAUUCUAAUUCCUUGGAUUUCUUUUCUCAGCCUAGAUAUUACUCAUUUAUUCAAUCAAUAGAUACCUUCUCUGGGUCUAAGACUACAGCACAGAACGAGGACAAGUCCCUAUGCUCAGGGAACUUAAUUUCCUGUAGGAAGACAGACAAUAAACAAGCAAGCACUCAGAUGCAGCCGUAAGUGGGAUGAGACUGUGAAGCAGGGGAGAUGGGCAGAUGUGAGCGGAAUGCUGCUCUAGGUAAGGUCAUCUGGGAAGGGCCUUCUGAUAAGGUGGCAUUCUAACUGAACCAAGAGGGAGGAGAGAGAGGGAGCCAAGAAGAUACACCAAGGGUCUUGCAGGCAGAAGGAACAGGAGGAACAAAGGCCUGUUUGUGGGAUGGCCAAGACCAGCCUGGCUGGAGUGCAGUCAGUGAAGGGAGAGUGUUAGAGGUAGAAAGACAGGGCCUUGUAGUUGCCGGUAAGGAUUUGGGCUUUUACUCUGAGCAAAACAAGAAUCCACUGGGGAGAGCUGAGUGGAGGGGUGGCAGGGUCAGACGGGCACUUUAAAAUGCUCACCUGGGGUGUGGUGCCAGGACCAUGUGGACAUAAGUAGCCCCCUCUGCCUGUUUUCUAGGAGGUCCUCUUUCCUUCCCUCUGGAAUCCCUUUUGUUCUGAUUUCACCUGCAUUUCCCCAAGCCAAAUGGAUGUGGGCACAGCUGAGGGGCGGUGGGGUCACCAUCCUUGAAACAGAGUAGGGAUCUGGGGGGCUACUUAGUGAAGCUGCUGGAGUCCUGCCUCCGGGGUGUCUCUGUCUCAUUCCUGGGGACCCAAGAGGGUCUCACGUGUACUCCUGGAACAUUCCUCUGCUGCUCACUGAUCUCAGCCCCUAGCCUGGCUGUUGCCGCGGAUUCUAGCACCACUGCAUAUGUCAGCCGUAUCUGGGGACUCUGAUUCCCUGCCAGAGUAAUCCUACGGUCACUACGUGGAAGUGAGGAGAACUGUCAAGCCUCCAGACAUCAGACAGGACUGAUGUGGGCUCUCCGGUUUCCAUGUGUUUCUGUUCAGUGGAAAGUCUCCUUUUAUGUGGGAGAGCUCCCUCUCUCUAGGAAUCUGGUACAGGACCCCUGGGAGGCUGCGCUGGAAGACAGGUGGGAUCUGAUGGAACUGGCUGAGCUGCAUCCAGUGUCAAGUCCAGACUCACCAGGCAUCUGCCCACAUCAUGCUUGUGCCUUGGGACUCUUUUCCCCGCAGGCUAUGAUCCGUCUUCAUCUGGAAUGCUGACCCCUACUGCAGUUUGUCUGAGCCUGGUUAAGUGGAUUUAAGGGUUCGAUGACAUAUAUUAAGAUCCAGCAAACUCUGACCAGCCACCUGUUUUUGUAAAUAAAGUUUUAUUGGAACAAAGCCAUGCCCAUUCAUUCACAUAUUGCCUUUGGCUGCUUUUAAAACAUAACAGCAGAGAGGAGUGGUUGCUAGAGAGACCAUAUGGCCUGCAAAGCUGAAAAUAUUUACUAUCUGGCCCUUUAUCUAAAGAGUCUGCCAACCUCAGUGAUAGAUUUAGAUCUGCUAACUGUCACAGAGCAGAAAGGAAGAGUAAGGGCUUCCCUGGUGGCUCAGUGGUAAAGAAUCUGCCUGCUAAUGCAGGGGACAUAGAUUCUAUCUCGGGUCCAGGAAGAUACCAGACGCCUUGGGACAACUAACCCGGUGUGCCACAACUACUGAGCCAGAGCCCUGGAGCCUGGGAGCCACAACAAGAGGAAACCCCUGCAAUGAGAAGCCCAGGCACCUCGAUGAAGAGAAGCCCCUGCUUACUGAGACUAGACGGAGCUCCUGCAAAGCAGCGAAGACCCAGCGCAACCAAAAAAAGACAACAGAUAAACAGUGGAAACACAGUGGCAGCCGUGUGCCCAGACCCUUCCCGUUGCUGGAGAAGCGGAAGACCGCACUGCCUCGCUGGGGACUUAUAGAGACUCAGGGGGAGAGAUGAACUGGCCCCAUUCCUGCAUCUCCUUUUGCUGGAUCUACUUUGCUGCCUCCAGACUGAGAGCUGUAGAACCAGCAGAUGGAAAAUAUGCUCAGAAGUUGUUUAAUGACCUUUUUGAAGACUACUCUAAUGCUCUUCGUCCAGUAGAGGACACAGAUAAAGUCUUGAACGUCACACUCCAGAUUACACUUUCUCAGAUUAAGGAUAUGGAUGAGAGAAACCAAAUUCUGACUGUCUAUUUGUGGAUCCGCCAAACCUGGCAUGAUGCAUAUCUCACGUGGGAUCGAGACCAAUAUGACGGGCUGGACUCCAUCAGGAUUCCCAGCGACCUGGUGUGGAGGCCGGAUAUCGUCCUUUAUAACAAGGCUGAUGAUGAAUCUUCUGAGCCCGUGAACACCAAUGUGGUCCUGCGAUAUGAUGGGCUGAUCACCUGGGAUGCACCAGCCAUCACCAAAAGCUCCUGUGUGGUGGACGUCACCUACUUCCCCUUUGAUAAUCAGCAGUGCAACCUGACCUUUGGCUCCUGGACCUACAAUGGCAAUCAGGUGGACAUAUUCAACGCCCUGGACAGUGGAGACCUCUCCGACUUCAUUGAAGACGUGGAGUGGGAGGUGCACGGCAUGCCUGCUGUGAAGAACGUUAUCUCCUACGGCUGCUGCUCUGAGCCUUACCCGGAUGUGACGUUCACUCUCCUUCUGAAGAGGAGGUCCUCCUUCUACAUCGUCAACCUCCUCAUCCCAUGCGUCCUCAUAUCUUUUCUGGCUCCCUUGAGUUUCUAUCUCCCAGCAGCCUCUGGGGAAAAGGUCUCCCUGGGAGUCACUAUACUGUUGGCCAUGACUGUAUUCCAGCUCAUGGUGGCAGAGAUCAUGCCAGCCUCCGAAAACGUCCCUCUGAUCGGGAAAUACUACAUAGCCACAAUGGCCUUGAUCACAGCCUCCACUGCGCUGACCAUCAUGGUGAUGAAUAUCCACUUCUGCGGGGCCGAGGCCCGGCCGGUGCCACCCUGGGCCCGGGUGGUCAUCCUGAAAUACAUGUCCAGGAUCUUGUUUGUCUACGACGUGGGUGAGAGCUGCCUUAGCCCCCACCAAGACAGGGAGAGAGGCCGUCUUACGAAGGUUUAUGACAAACUUCAAGAGCCUAACCUGAAAACAUCCAGAAAUAAAGACCCUUCCAGAAAGAAGGAAAUGAACAAACUCUUAAAGAAUGACUUGAGGUACCAGGGUGAGAACCUGGAGGAUGGUGACAGUUACUGUGCCCGGUACAGAGUGUUAACAAGGAAUAUUGAAUACAUUGCCAAGUGCCUCAAAGACCACAAGGCCACCAACUCCAAGGGGAGUGAAUGGAAAAAAGUUGCAAAAGUCAUAGACCGAUUUUUCAUGUGGAUUUUUUUCAUUAUGGUGUUUGUGAUGACUAUUUUGAUCAUAGCAAGAGCAGAUUAGUGAGCAUUAGAUAUGUGGGAAUAAAUCAGUAUAAGUCCCUGUGAUCUACUCUAAUGCUCUUCCAAAUCAGAAACAUCUAUAUCCAUAUUUACACACAGAUACACAAAUAUAUAUAAAUUAGGGGUUAUGUUGUCUUUACUUUUUAUUUUUAACUUCAGAUCAAUAUUAUAGAUGUCAGUUUAAAUUAUGCAGGAGGUUCAAAAUUUCAAGGGCAAGACAAUGGAGGAAAUAGAGAAGGGUCACUGUUAUAUCCUACCAGAGUGGUAGGUGGCUUCUAGAUCACACAAUUAUUCUCUCCUUCAGCAGUGCAGUUACAAAGCAUACUGCAUUCUGUUUAAAAUUUAAAGCAAAAGAAAAGAAAUUGAGUCCCCCCCUUAGCCCCUACUAGAACAUGCUUUUUAAAAAAGGAAAAUAGUCAUAUAUUCCUUAGUGUUAAUUUAAGUCUCCAUGUUAUCUUUCUCACUUCUCUGGUGCAUUUCAAGCUGUAUUUCAAACGAUGGAAUAAAAACAUUUUGCACCACAUAAAGAAAGUCUAAGGAUUGGAAACUCAGUGGGGGGAAAGAGCUUUCUUUGUAUUGAUGAUGUCAUAUAUGUUGGUUAUGUUUUAUACGAACCUUAAAGAUGAAGUCAUUCCUACAUUUAAUCUUGGGUUUAAGUAAGAUCACCCACAAACUGGGCUGAUUUUUUCAUUCAUUCAAUUAUUCACCAAACAUUUAUUUUCUCCUACCUAUAGUAAAGCUACAUGAUUCACAUUUGAAGUGGGUGUUGUACCAAAUCUUAUGCACAGGUCUGAUCCUUGCUAAUCUUCACAAUUCUGUGAGCUAGGUGGAUAGGUGUUUCUAGUCACCUUUCUCAGAGGAAGAAGCUGUCUCUGAGGAAGGUGGGUAUAAGUGACCUGCCUCCGCAUCCACCUAGGUGCUAAGCAGAGCUGGGAGAUAAACCCUUGGCCCUGUGAAUCUAGGCCAGGUCUGCUAAAGCCACACUGCUUUUUGGCAGAUCAUGAUUUAGGAUGGUAGUGAUUGAGAGAUUUUUUUUUUAAGAUUUUUUUUGAUGUGGAUCAUUUUAAAAGUCUUUAUUGAAUUUUGUUACAAUACUGUUUCUGUUUUAUGAUUUGGUUUUCUGGCUGUGAGGCAUGUGGGAUUUUAACUCCCUGACCAGGGAUCAAACCUACAUCCCCAGGAUUAAAAGGUGAAGUCUUAGUCACUGAUCACCAAAGAAGUCCUGAUUGAGGGAUUCUUGUUCUUAAUUCUGAAUUUCUGCUCUAAAUUACUGCCUAUGCUUCUCCAGUUUUUUCCUACUUUGAGUCAAAUAUGUCUUCAAAUUUCCUCACUUGCAUCUUGAUUAAAAUGAUCCAAGUACUAAUACACAUGCCCUAACUUCCAACCCCUCAAUUAUUCUUUUACCAGUAAAAAACAAAUGAGCCAACAUGGAGAGAAGACAAGGGUUAAGCUAGAAAAGAAGGUAUUUGGUUUAAACAAAUACACAUUGUUUUUUAAUCUUGUGUUUACUUAUUUGUAAAAUAUUUAUUGUGUACCCACUAUAUACUGAGUGCUAUGUCAGCUUUGAAGCAAACAAAUACAAAAUGUGAUUUCUCA